UGUGGUGGACAGACCCAGCUGAGCACAUUUCACUGUUAAUGACACUGUUAUAUGGCGGAGCGGCCCUCUCCAGGGGCGAGCGGAACACGGCUCAGUCACGGAGCGGACGAUGGACCGGAUCGAUCGAGAUUACCGGUGAACGAUGAUCAAAGCUGCCGUCAGCUCCAGGACGAGGAAACGCAGACGAAGAAAACAGAGAAUGGAAAAAUAAAUGGAUUUGUAGUUGAGGGAGAGGAGACUCCCACUUCCCUUGACCUAGACAGCUCUCUGCACUCAGCGAGCCAAAAUGGUGAUAAACUCCUACUAGAAUCCGACUUGAACCCGAAACCCUCCAGACAGCCCUUACACACUGGCCUGAAGGGGGAAAGGAAAGGCAAUAACACUAGUAGAAACAGUAUGGACUGCAAAAAUGACAAGCCCUCAGAGUUGACUGCGCAUGAGGGCAAAAAGGAGGCCCUGGCAUCUCUAAACGGCGUGGUGACGCUAAACUGUGGGCCACUCACUAACGGUUAUCCCGGCAAGCCAGGUACGGACAACGAUGGCAGCGGUUCGGAAAGCGGUUACACCACACCAAAGAAGCGCCGAGCCCAGAGGAACGGCAAAUCUUUGGACAAUGUGAUUGCUUCAAGCCAGGUCAAGGCCAUGCAUCAGGCCAGUCAGCAAGAACCAGGGCCAGCUGCUCUAGAACUGGCCGACAGAACCUCAGCGGCUCAGGUGGAAAUCAGCCGAGCCUCCUCAAAGACAGACGGCCACCCUAGUGGCUUUACAAAAACUCGAGAGGCAACCACUACCCCAUCUGCGCUACCGACGUCCGAAGUUUACCGGAAAAGCGGUGGGAGAAAAUUCGAGGACAAGUCCACUAAAUCGAGAGUGGCAGCGUCGGCUAAAGAGGACUCGUGGACUCUGUUCAAGCCGCCGCCUGUCUUUCCUGUGGACAACAGUAGCGCGAAGAUAGUGCCUAAGAUCAGUUAUGCAAGCAAAGUGAAGGAGAACCUCAAUAAGGCAGCCCAGACUGGGACGGAGAUUCCCGCUCCUGCUCCACAGGUACCCGGGAGGCCAUCACAGGUGCCCAUGUCGGCUGUGAAAACCAUCACCUCGGCCAGCUUUAGCAACGGCGACGGCAACACCUGCCCUCUGCCUGGUCCCCACUUCAGCUCGGUCCCCAGUUCGUCCCCCGUGCCAGUCGUCUCCUCAGCAGGCUCUGAUCAUGUAGCAUCUUCCUCCGGCAGUAGCUGCAAUCCCUCCACCUCGACUCCUGCUCCCACACUUGAGCCCAGGAAGCCGAAUCUGUUCGUUUACCCCCUUUCCGCCUCUUCCUCUUCCAAUAUGCAACUUUCUCUCCCCAGCGGCCGUCAAUCCGACCCCCCACCCAAUCAGAAAUCUCUGGGCGACAUCUUCCAAAACCAGUGGGGUUUGUCGUUCAUCAACGAACCCAGCGGUGGCCCGGACGGUCCAGCGUGCGGCUCGACGGCAAAGGCCAAACCCGGAGAGGUGAGCUUUCAGGGAGGCUGCACUGCUGCUGUGGCGACACAAGGCGCCCCCCAGAGGCCGGAUCAGUCAGCGUUCCCAGACAAACGGACUAGCAUGAGUAAAGGAGGAACCCUCGCCCCGUCAGUGGCCACCGAAGGCUCGCCUCAGGCUCCGAACCUCGAGGUGGAUACGCAAAAGGACGAGCCUGGGGUUUCUGGUGCAAUAGUGUUUUGCUCUUCCUCUAAGGACGUUGGGGCAGAGCUACCACGCAAAUUGUCCCUGCCCAGAGAGCAAGGCUACACUAAGGGCUUCGAGAGGAGGGCCAGCUGGGACUUUUUUGAUCUUAAAGCUGCUGUAGUAUAUCACACUAAAGAAAUGGAAUAUAUUUUGAAUUUGCAAAAGCAAGAUCCAAAUCGCGUCGUGCUCUACAGUGAAUCGAAGAACGGUCCUGAUCAGUGAGGCUCAGUCUGGACACGCCGUCUCCUCGGCCGGACUCCUCUAAGAAUAAGGCGCGCUUCAAGGAAAACCGGUCACAGCCUCGGACUCGGAAACAAACAUCGUGACUCGGAACAAAGGCCGCUCUCGAGACGGAGUGUUUUAAAGAGGCUGAGCGCGGAGUGGAUCAAAUGGGUCGGCUGAAUAACGGACGGGAACCAAGGACCUGGAGCCAAGACGCUCUGCUUCUAAAGCAGGACCUGGUUUGUUUUUUUUGUUUUUUUUCUUUGCCGAAGACUUUUUUUUUUAAAAAGGGAUGUUCACGAUUUCACAAACUCUUACAGUACAGCUUUUCUUUUAAAAGCGGAGAAGGCGGACUUCGUCCUGCUGGCUGCCUGAGAAGAGGAAGCACCUCGCAUUCGGACGCACUGCGCUCACGUGUUCGAACACACUGAAAUCCUUUUGACGGGCAUGAAAUAAACCGGCGCCCUCUAGUGACUGGGGGAGUUGAAUCACCGAUGAUGAACUGUUCAAUGUUUCAGGGGAUACACACACAAAGAAAAAGGAAAAAAAAAAAAAAAACACGUAGGUCGAGCUGGCACUUGCUAAGGCCUUGGGAUAAUUGUCUUAAUUUUGUGAAUGAAUUUCAAUGAGUCAUGUUUGUUUUUCUGCCUUUUUUUUUUUUUUUUUCAAUUUCGUUUCAGUUCUACUUUAAAUUAGAAAUGAAAUUAAGGUUUCCAGGGUGCACUUAGGCGAGACUCGACUUGCAAACUGCUGUCUGCGUACGUCCUCUGGAAGAUUCACUAGUCUUAUCGUCGUCUUUUUUCACCUUUCGCGUCACCUUGUAAUCGUGCCGGUGCACCCGCAGCAGAGACGAAGCAACAGUCUGACUUCUUCUUUUUUUUUUUUUUUUUUUUUAAACCAUUUUACAUUUUCAGUUUUAUACGAACUCUUAGAUCGCAGUGGACGAGUAGAUGAGUUAAUCCGCAUCACGGACGCUAAAAUCGCCUCAGCACCUCGGUUCUGUUUCAGCUCAUAGUUUCAUUCGAGCGUCUUUGCUUCAUCUCUUAAUCUCUUGUAUGUAUUUUUUUUUUUUUUUGCACAGAAUCUACUGUUUUUAGCGUGACACGACAAGUUUGUUUGAUGCACCUGAAAAGGCACCCAGCUUUUUUUUUUUUUUUUUUUUUCUCCUCCUUCCUCUCAACACUGCUUGUUUUUAUUUCUUUUCAUGCGUUUCAGAGUUACAGGGCUCUUUUUUUUUUUUCUCUCUCCUUUUUUUCUUCUCAAGCUCAUGGAUUUAUCAUUUAAAGCGAGUGUCGUCAGGCUGAAGAUGUUUUUGAUUUUCUUUUUUUUUUAGUGUCAGGAAGCAAAUAUUAAGAUUUAAUCUUUUUUUCAUCUAUUUUAUCUCGUCACAAGAUAAUUGAUUCAUAUAUUAUUAUAUAUAUAAUGAGUAGCACUUUAUGUAUUUUUAAAUUGUAUUAUCUUGACAGAACGUCGACAGAUCAGUGCGUAACAGAAAUUAUAGCGAUUACGAAUAGGAUACUAAUUUCUAACAACAGACUGGAGGUCCUUGUAAAGGAGAAAAUACUUAAAAAAAAAAAAAAAAAUGAAUAAUUUAGGAAAUGAUGCAAGGAGAAUGAAAUGGGGGUGGGGGCGGGGGGGAGUGAAAUGUACCAACAGUGUUAUUGCCAAAAAAUGAAAAAGAAAAAAAAAAAAGGGUGUCUGUUUUGCUCUGGGUUUUUUUUUUUUUUUUUUUUUUCCUUUUCGUCUGUCUGAUGAAUCUGAUUUUUAAACUGUAGUCGAAAGCCAUGUGGAUCAUUUUAGCGUUCUGUGUCCCAGGGUCAUAAACACUGCCGGCUCCAGAGGUGGGGAGAAAAAAAAAAACCCCAAGCAACGAUUUCCUGCUUGAGAUAAAAAGCUCGAAAUCUGCCGGUUUCUUUGGCUUCAUUGCUGCUUUCUGUUUCUGAAGCUGGCUCACGAGACAUUUCACUGCAUCACCAAGAUAAUUAACACGUAUCCAAGAUAAACAUAAGGUUAUUAAUGCUUUUUAAAUGUUGAUUAUCCUCUGGUUUAACCACCUGCUUGCUUUCUUUUUUUUCUUUUUUUUCUUUUAAUGCUAUAACGCACCUUCACUACUUUUUUCUCCUCGACUUACUUCCUGACAGUCGUGUUAGAGAUCAGUUCACGUGAGUUGGUCUGAAUCUUUAGUAGUGUUUUAAUUCAGACCAUAGAAAAGCUCAGUUCCCCCCCCCCCCUCUUUUCUGUCCUUUUCUUUGCAAAUGAUGUGAUCAGAGUCGCAUGGAGAACCUGAAGGGACCUUUACAAAAAAAAAAAAAAAAAAUCCAUAAACAUGAAUACACACUUUUAAAAAAAAAAAAAAACACAUGAAAACAGAAAAUUAUCAAUAACUUUUUGCUCACA